UUUUUCUACUCUACAAUCCUUGUUAUUUGAUUCUUCUUGGUGUUUGUUUGUUUUUGUUUUUUUUUUUUUUUCUUUUUUUUCUUUCCCCUUCCUCUGAGAAGGAGGCACAGAAACACACGCACAAACACAGAGAAAUAAGGGAAAGAAAAGUACCGAGACUUAUCCUGCUGCUGCUGCAAAGCCAAAGAUAGCAGACGAAGAGGGGGUUUGGCUCCUACCCCAAGGUAAAGCCCUGCCCCCUUUACCUCCUCGACACCUCCUCCGAGGAAGAGAAGGAGAGAGAGCGAAGGGGGCCGAAGUGGAGAAAAGCAGGUCUUCCGCGGCUGGCAUUUGGAGUACAGGGAGCCAGGGAGUGAAGGAUGGUUGUGGUUACCCGAGCUGGCUGCAGGGCAGCUCUCUUCCUCUGGAUUUUCAUCAGCAUUAGCUGCAGAGCCAGGACUGCUCUGCCUGCAUCUCAAAAGUGUGAUGAACCUCUGAUCUCAGCGUUACCCCAUUCCUCCUUCAGCAGUUCAUCAUCCAUGACAAGCAGCUAUGUGCCAGGGUAUGCCAAGUUAAACAAGCGAGGAGGUGCAGGAGGUUGGUCUCCAUCAGACAGUGAUCAUUACCAAUGGCUGCAAGUGGAUUUUGGGAGUAGGAAGCAGAUCAGUGCUAUUGCAACUCAAGGCAGAUACAGCAGCUCUGACUGGGUCACCCAGUACCGGAUGCUCUACAGUGAUACAGGGAGAAACUGGAAACCAUACCACCAAGAUGGAAACAUCUGGGCAUUUCCUGGAAAUACAAACUCUGACAGUGUGGUCCGGCAUGAUUUACAACAUCCAGUUAUUGCUCGCUAUGUAAGGAUAGUUCCUUUGGACUGGAAUGGAGAGGGCCAAAUUGGGUUAAGAAUUGAAGUCUACGGUUGCUCAUACUGGGCUGAUGUUAUCAAUUUUGAUGGCCAUGUAGUGUUACCAUACAGAUUCAGGAACAAGAAAAUGAAAACACUGAAAGAUGUCAUCUCUCUAAAAUUUAAGACCUCUGAAAGCGAAGGUGUAAUCUUCCAUGGAGAAGGACAGCAAGGAGACUAUAUCACAUUGGAACUGAAAAAAGCCAAACUUGUUCUAAAUUUAAAUUUAGGCAGCAACCAGCUUGGCUCUAUUUUUGGCCACACUUCUGUGACAACAGGCAGCCUCCUGGAUGAUCACCAUUGGCACUCCGUCAUCAUAGAGCGCCACGGCAGGAACAUCAAUCUCACCCUCGACAGGCACAUGCAGCACUUCAGAACAAAUGGAGAAUUUGAUUACCUGGAUCUGGACUAUGAGAUAACAUUUGGAGGCAUGCCUUUUUCUGGCAAGCCAAGUUCUAACAGUAGGAAAAAUUUCAAGGGCUGCAUGGAGACCAUCAACUACAAUGGCAAUAAUAUCACUGACCUUGCCAAGAGGAAGAAAUUGGAACCUUCAAAUGUGGGAAAUUUAAGUUUUUCUUGUGUGGAGCCACAUACAGUGCCUGUCUUUUUCAAUGCCACCAGUUUCCUUGAGGUUCCUGGUCGUCCGAGCCAGGAUCUGUUUUCAGUCAGUUUCCUUUUCCGGACCUGGAACCCAAAUGGACUUCUUCUCUUCAGCAACUUUGCAGAUGACUUGGGGAAUGUUGAGAUUGACAUAAAUGAGGGCAAAGUCAGUGUCCAUAUCAACGUCACCCAAGUGAAGAAGAACCGGAUAGACAUCUCAUCAGGCUCUGGUCUCAAUGAUGGGCAGUGGCAUGAAGUUCGAUUCCUGGCUAAGGAGAAUUUUGCUGUCCUCACCAUUGAUGGCGAUGAAGCUUCAGCUGUUCGAACUAACAGCCCUCUACAAGUCAAGACUGGAGAAAAAUACUACUUUGGAGGGUUUCCUGUACAGAUGAAUGACUCAGAUCACUCUCUAUUUGAGCAUUCUUUUCAAGGAUGCAUGAAGAGUAUUCAUGUGGAUGAUCAGCUGGUGGAUUUGCAUGCAGUGGAGCAUGGAGAGCUGGGAAGCUUUGCCAAUGUCACCAUUGAUAUGUGUGCCAUUAUUGACAGGUGUGUGCCCAAUCACUGUGAACAUGAUGGAAAGUGCACCCAGACGUGGGACAGCUUCAAGUGCACUUGCGAUGGAACUAAUUACAGUGGUGCCACUUGCCAUAACUCUAUUUAUGAACUAUCUUGUGAAGCAUACAAACACUUGGGCAAAACUUCAAAUUACUACUGGAUAGAUCCAGAUGGCAGUGGGACACUGGGACCAUUGAAAGUUUACUGCAACAUGACAGAGGAUAAAGUAUGGACAACUGUGUACCAUGAUCUGCAAAUGCAGACUGCUGUGGGAGGCAACAGCCCAGAGAAGUUAUCUGUGCUGCAGCUCAACUACAGUGCAACAAUGGACCAGAUUUCUGCCAUUACCAGUAGUGCUGAAUACUGUGAGCAGUUUAUCUCCUAUUCUUGCAAGAUGUCCCGGCUUCUGAAUACACCAGAAGGGAAUCCAUAUACCUGGUGGGUUGGAAAAGCCAAUGAGAAGCACUACUAUUGGGGCGGAUCAGGACCUGGCAUUCAAAAAUGUGCCUGCGGCAUCGAACGCAACUGUACCGAUCCCAAGUACUACUGCAACUGCGAUGCUGACUACAAGCAAUGGAGGAAAGACAGUGGGAUGUUGUCAUACAAAGAGCACCUACCAGUCAGCCAGGUGGUGGUUGGAGACCUUGACCGGCCUGGGUCUGAAGCCAAGGUGUCCGUGGGUCCCGUGCGCUGCCAAGGAGAUCGGAAUUACUGGAACGCGGCUUCUUUUGUUACUUCAUCAUCUUACCUCCACUUCUCCACCUUCCAAGGGGAAACCAGUGCAGACAUCUCUUUCUACUUCAAAACAUCAGCCUCAGAUGGGGUGUUUCUUGAGAAUCUGGGGAACACUGACUUCAUCAAACUGGAGCUGAAAUCUGCUACUGAGGUCUCCUUUUCAUUUGAUGUGGGAAACGGGCCGGUGGAAAUCGUGGUGAGAUCUCCCAACCCGCUCAAUGAUGACCAGUGGCACCGGGUCAAUGCCGAGAGGAAUGUCAAGCAGGCCAGCCUGCAGGUGGACCAGUUACCCCUGGAGGUCAGGAAAGCUCCAACAGAAGGACAUACACGACUGGAAUUGUACAGCCAGCUCUAUGUUGGUGCUGCAGGAGGCCAGCGAGGAUUCCUGGGCUGCAUCCGUUCCCUGAGGAUGAAUGGGGUGACGCUGGACCUGGAAGAGAGAGCCAAGGUCACGCCUGGGGUGAAGCCUGGCUGCUCUGGCCACUGCACAAGCUAUGGGAUGUACUGUGCCAACGGUGGGAAAUGUGUGGAGAAAUACAAUGGGUACUCCUGUGACUGCUCCAAAACUGCCUACGAUGGGCCAUUCUGCAUAAAAGAUGUGGGAGCAUUUUUUGAAGAAGGGAUGUGGCUUCGUUACAACUUCCACUCCCCAGGGACUAGCGUGAAGGAUUUAUUUAGCCGGACACUUCUGAGUUCUGCAGAUCCUGAGAUCACAGCACCUGACCUGAGCUUGAACAAAGAAGAGCUCAGCUUCAGCUUCAGCACCACCAAGUCCCCUUGUGUCUUAUUGUAUGUCAGCUCCUACACCCCGGACUUCAUUGCUGUGCUUGUGAACCCCUCUGGGAAUCUGCAAAUUCGGUACAACCUCGGGGGCACCAAAGAGCCGUAUAACAUUGACAUUGACCACAGAAACAUGGCCAAUGGGCAGCCCCACACUGUCAAUGUCACACGGAACGGACGGGACAUCGUACUGCAGCUUGAUCACUAUCCUCCAACAAGUUACAGCCUGCCAGCCACAUCUGACAUUCAGUUCAAUUCCCCAAAGGCACUAUUCCUAGGAAAAGUUAUAGAAAUUGGGAAGAUUGACCAAGAUAUCUAUAAAUACAACACCCCAGGAUUCACUGGCUGCCUAUCGAGAGUCCAGUUCAACCAGAUUGCUCCACUCAAAGCAGCUCUGAGACCUACCAACACUUCCUCUCACGUCCACAUCCAAGGAGAACUGGUGGAAUCCAACUGCGGAGCAUCUCCACUCACCAUCCCACCAAUGUCGGCCGCCACCGACCCCUGGCACUUAGACUCAGCAAGUGCUGAUUUUCCAUACAAUGGUCAAGCUAUAGGAGAUGGAGUUAACAGAAACUCAGCUAUUAUUGGAGGUGUCAUCGCAGUGGUGAUCUUCACCAUCCUCUGCACCUUGGUGUUCCUGAUCCGCUACAUGUUCCGCCACAAGGGAACAUACCACACCAACGAGGCCAAAGGCGCAGAGUCGGCCGAGAGCGCCGACGCCGCCAUCAUGAACAAUGACCCCAACUUCACGGAGACCAUCGACGAGAGCAAGAAGGAAUGGCUUAUCUAAGCCCACGGGGAUGGGGCCUGGGGUGGGAUGUGAGCUGGGCCAGGGUGGGACUGGGAUGACUCUUGCAGUGGAGAGAGGACACUCUGUGUCGGACACUUGAGCACACAUAGGAUGAAAAGAUCAGCACAACUGGAGGAGCAAGUGACAGGAAAAUACCACUGAGACUGGAGAAAAAAAAAAGGAAUAUCUCAAGCAUUUAAGAAAAAGUACUUUUUAAUAUUUAUUUACAGCAAAGGCCCCUUCUGUAUCCCAACAACUACAACAAAGAGCAGUUUUGCAGCUUCAGCAUUGGCUACAAUUUUCAGUAAUACCUGUCUAUUUCCGUGUGUGUUUAGAGAUGUUCUGGAUACCUGUGACAAGAAACAGGGCUGGUUUUUUAUAUUUUUAAAAGCUGUUUAAAAUGUGAGUGGUUCUGUCCUGAGAACAAGUGGCAGCCCUUUCUUCCUGGCAUUGUGUUCCUUCCUGGCUGGCCACUUCCCUGCAGGCUGCCCUCAGCCUCGCACCUUGACCACAUCACCAUUUAUUUUGGUGACAUGGAUCCUGGGGUUCAGGCUGGGGAUGGGAUAGGGGGUGAGGACUAAUGCAAAUCUUAUUCACCAGUUUCUCAACAUCUCAUCAACCCAUGUCAGCCCUGGCAGGACCCAUCUUCUUGACCCAGGCACUUCACUGAUUGUGUGCAAUUCUCAUCAACAAUUUAAAAAUACUGUUAUUACAAGUACUACUACUACUACUAUUACUAAAGAGGAUUUCAUAAAGCACAGCAAGCUUUAAAGGUUUUUUGUAUUAUUUUGUUGGUCUCUGAGGAGAAUGAUGCUGUGUGGAUCUGUAGACAUAGUCUGUUCUUUGUCUUUGUCCAUGGCACCAGGUCACCACCUGAGGCACACGCCAGGUUAAACUCUGAUCUGCCUGUGUCAUAUUGGCAUAUACUGUACAUUGUAGUAGGGAAUUAGAGCCAGACUUUGUUUGCUUCUGUUUCUUCUUAAUAGGCUGUUAUAGAAAUAUUAGUACAGCUUUAGUACAGCAUUUGAACCCACAGACUUCACAUCCUUCUUUUUUUUCAACUUGAGAGUAGCAAUUUAUUCCUUAAAUCUCUUUUUUCAGUCCCUUUGCAAGGAAAGCCUCCACUGGCAGUGUUUGCACAGUCACGAAGGUGAGGCUUGAAAACUGCCUCCAGAGCACAGAAGGAGCACACAGCACAGGGGAGAGUUAGUUUUCAAUACAGAGAUUUAUCCAAACUAUUUUACUGUCUUUGUAAGGAGUUUUUAAGAAUAGCAAGGCCAGUGCCAAGUUUGCAUUGCACCCCAUUUUUCCUCACAAAUCGGGAGUGUCAUACGUAUCACCGGAACAUCAGGCAGGCAGCUAGAAGGAAAGACAAAGGGGCAGCCUGAAGACUUAAUAUCCUUUAGUGGCAAUAAUAAAGCUUUAGCUUGCCCUCUGUGGAGAAGCAUGGUUCUCCUAUGGUCUGAAUUGAUAGGAAUUUAAGACCUUAAUGGACAGGUUUUGUAAUGGAACAGCAUGAAGGAAUGAAUAUACUGCAGGGCUUUGCCAUGUGCUAAAAGAACAGAAAUUAUACCAGGAAUUUCCCUUUAAAAGUAUUUAUUCUUGUGACAGUCCAAGAUUUGGUUUGUCUUAAUAUUUCUGGGUUUAGUAUGCUCAGAUUUAAUUCAUUUUGCACAAGAAAGAUAUAUUUUUCACCCAAACAUGCAGUCAACUACACUGAGCGGUGCGGGUUUUUUUUAUUUCCUUAUUUCUUUAGUUGCAACUUUCAUUUAUUCUAACUGAAACUUUAAAAAUGAAAAAAAAAAAUCAUAUAGGGGAAAGAAAAUAUUGGAGUCUUGCCAGACAAGACAGCAAUAAACACAAUUUGUCAAAAAGGCAGAUAGUUUGGGUUUUAAAGGUGGUGGCUAAAGUCCUGUUCUGGAGAAACAUUAUCUUUGAACAUAAAUAUCAGAGCAAAUCAAGCCCAUUAAUUUUUUCUAUUUAUGGAUUUGGAAUUAGCAUGUAAAAAAGUUGCCAGUUUUAAAAGCUAUUACUGUUUCUCAGGUAACAUACAUGGCAAAGAGGUUCAGGUAGGCAUAAAAAUUACCUCUGUCACUCGUGCUCUGCAGUCUUUUGCCUUGCCUCCAGUAUUAACCUCUCCCUCUCUUGUCUGUAAUCAAACAGAUGAGUCCUGGGUUUAAUCAUAGGUGUAAAAUAAGUCUUCUCUCCUUAGGGAAUAUCUAGCUGGGGAUCUACCCUGUACCAUCACUCAGCAAACUACAUAGUAAUCACACAUGUCUCUGUAGGAUUGAAAAGGCAUUACCUCUAUGAUUUUAUGUUUCAUUUUAUUUUAAUGUUAUUUUAGUCCACUCUGAGAAACAUCCUUGCCUGCAACUUCAAGUUACCAAGAGAAGUGAAUAGAGCAUCAUUUGCAUAGAUUGGCAUUUGAUUUGCAUGAAAAGAGAUCCUAAUCUGAAUUUAUUGUCUAUAAGGAAGAUCAGACUUAUGUACCCUGAGAGGCUAGAGUCCUCUGCUACUUUAUGUGGGAGAGGCAGAUUUAACAGACAUAGUGCAAAUUGCCAAAUGCCUCAGCAUGGCAUUUGCAUGGAAAUAGCAUGGAAAGGUGGCUUGGUCUCCAUAUCUAACCAUGUCUAACUUGGCAAAGCAAGAGACAGUUGUCUUUGGUUAUGGUAGUGAGUCCUGUGAUAUCUACUCACUGAUUUUCUAAAAAAUUACCAGCUAAUCUGGCACAGCCCUGGGAAAUUAAACGAGAACUUCUGGAAAAUAAUCUUUGACCAUUGCAUAAGCAAUAGUUAUAAAUUAGUGUGUUAAGUUUGAAAAAUUAUUUAGAUUCCUGAAAUCAAGCCAGGGUAUCUGUGCCUCUCCAUUGACUGGACACCAUGGACCUUUUUUUGUGAAAUACUUUAGUGCUGUGUUAAAAUACUUUCAUAACUCUAGAAACCCUUAAAUAUUAGAAUUCUUGUUUCUCCUUAAACUGGACCUUAGGCACGAUAUUAUCGACAAGCAGCUGGUGUCCGUGUAGGGAUUUGGUGACUUAGGGUGAUUUCCUGCCUGUCUGCUUUAUGUUUAAUUUCUGAGAAUGUGGUAUGUUUAAUUAUAGGCACUGGUCAUUCAGCAUCCUGGCAGUGAAGCAGGAGCAGACUCAGAAAUGUAUUUUGCUAGCACGAUAUCUAUUCUGAGAAUUUCUUCCAUUACUUCUUAUCAUUGAAGGCUGAAACAACAUCCAUAGUUUAUUUCACCCACUCUUGCUUGUGCCAAAAAUCCAUGUUGUUUAACAGGUAUGUGAGAAAAUCUGUUUGAGGGGAGAGUGAAUCCUGCUUUUAUAAAACUCUCUGCUUUCCCCAAAGAAUAUUAAAAUAAUCAGUCUUUUAUCACCUGUUUUUUAACUGUUUCCCUGUUUGAACUGUGCAGAAAAAUGUAGCUUUUUGUACUGGUUUGGGAACCAAAGUGUUCCAGUUGUGUUUCUAAAGGGUCAUUCCUGACACCACAGGAAACUAUGGCAAAACUGCCACCAACAGUGGCAAGAGCAAGACUGGGCUGGAGAUCAGGACUCUCAGUGUUAGUGAAAGAAUGUAAGCAAUAUUUUUGAUUCUCAUUUACAAGACUUGCAGACCAGCAGGUAAUGAGACAUGGAGUUCCCAAGAGCCAAAACAAUGGAAAACAUUUUGAUGCCAACCCAGCCUCAAGGAAAAUCCACAAUCCAGUAUGGUGGUUUUGAAUCAGGUCUUUCACACACUGCUUAUCCCAUAUUUACUGAUAGAAAAUUCAGAUGUAUGAAAUAGGAAUAUGUAUCUUUAACUCGUACUGGAGCAUUUAUGCUUUGUAAUUUUCAUGUCUUAAACUUUACCUGUACUUUUAUAUCUCUUCUAGUAGUUACCCCUUCAAAGGUACAGCAGCAUUUUAGGGUCAUGCUCUAGGCAGCAUAAUGGAUGUGAGAGGAUGGUCAUUGUAAGUAUUUUAGUAAGACUGUCUAAGCAAUGGUGUAUAUGUACAAGUUUAUUGUACGGAUAAGAAUUCAUUUAAUUAAAACAAUGUCCUUUAGUGGCAGAUGCAUCUAAUUUCUGGGGCAUCUGUUGAAAUGUGAAGCUAAGUUCAGCAAGCAAUAGCUUUCAAUAUGGCUUUUCCUAUGAAUGAUUUUACAUUCCAUCAAGCAUGGCAAUCCUGAAAGGGUGUCAUUCUAGAAAAGCAGAACCUAAAUUCUCGUAAUCAGAUGUCAUUAUCCAUCCUAGAGAAAUUAAACAGAAAUCUUGCCUUCUAACAGCAACAUCAUGCAAAUUAGAAUGGAUGAAGGGCAGUGUGUUUGUAUGCAUAAAUAUCUUCUGUGAAUGUCUUUCCUUUUAACUAAAGUUCUAAUAGAAACCAGAUUGGUAAAUAAAGAAGAGGAAGAAAAAAAAGAAAAAAAAAAAAGAAAAAAGGCAUUUUAAAUAGUUUUAAUCACCGUAACAGUUGUUUCCUCAUGCUUUGUAUGUUCUUAUCAUUACCUGUAUUUUUAACAUUUCUAGUACCAGGAAAUCAAUUUGGAAAGGACAGAAGUUGUUAAGGCCUCUUAAGAAAAGACGCUCUGUACUUGGAAAAAAAGGUACUUCAGAAUGCAGUUAAACAUAAGAAGAGAGGGUGCUAAAUCGAGGGAAGGUUGGUUGAAGUGGAAGCAUGUUCCUCCUGCAUCAACGUUAGCUGUUACAAACUGUACACCUGUGCUUGUUGAGGCGGGCAGAAGGUCUGAGCAGGGUUUGCAUAGAAAUUUAGUGACUGUCUUUCUGCUUUUACCCUUUCUGAUCAAUUUGAUCAGCAAGCAGUCUGCUUUCAGUUCCGCUCACAUUUGUCACUGCAGAUUCUGUGGCAUUGCCAGCCUCAUACUACAAAUGAGUGAGUGUGGGUUGUUUGCCUUCCUUUCCUAUAAUAACUGUAGUUUCAUUCAUGAAUGAGAGCCUUAUUGACACCAUCAAGAAAACUGUAUGCCCAGCUCAUCAGACUUGUGUCUGUUCAUUUUAAAAAACUACUUUAUCAGGCUUUAUUUUAAACAUUUUUGUGACAUGAAGCAUUUUAUAAAGGAAAUGUGUUAAAUGCACUUGAAUGGGAGAGUGUGAAACCUAGGCAAAGAAGCAUCAGUGCAACAACCACCUGAGACAGAGGCACUGUUGCUCUGUCUACAGCAUGCAUUGCCUUAACUACCCACCAAAUCCCUAGAUCCAUCAAAGACCUUAAAGAGACUUCCUUUGUGGAAUAGAAAAGUGUCAAGGUCCUGGUGGGAUACUGUGUUCAGAACAUGGUCAUACCAUGUUCUGACCAUUGUUUUGUGCUAACUGUUGUAACCCCUAGAAGGAGAGCCAAGCUUUAUGCAGGAAUAUUUCUCAUUUAAAUACACAAUCUCUAGGGCAAAGAGAUGGGAGUGAAGGUUUAAGUGUAAAGCCAAACUUAUACUUGAAAACUCAGGCUGUGCCCUACAGUAGCAGGCUCAUGCCAAAUGAGACAAAACUUUGACCUGGUAAUGGAAAAGCAUUUAUUUAACAAUCUGUAACAUAACUCUUUUAACUCUGACUUAUACACACAAGCAGAUUUUUCUUGAGACACUAUGCUCAAAACCCUUGUUAUGCCAACAGCUUAAGAAUCAGGAAGAAGAGGAGCUAAUUCAUGGCUUUUUUGCACAAGAAGUCUUUUUAUAAAAGUCAUUUACGGUAAAAAAAGUUUGGUAUCCACAUGUUCUUUCACAGAGAAGUAUUUGUUUUCACUAAUCUUCUCUUUUCAGAAUAUCAUGUGAGAAAAAUUGAGCAAUUAUUUAAGCACAACCAGAACCACUUCAGUGAAAAGGGAGUAAGAUAUACUCUGGAAAUAUACAUAUAAGCAAAUAACAAAUUUAGUACAUCCUGCUUCUGUGAUUCAGCACCUUUCAAUAAUGUCUAUUUGUACUCUCACUGCUGUUGUUUCCUUAAGGAAAAGCAUCUGGAUUAAAUAACAAACAUAAAAGUGUGUACCUUUAGUUUUACCAUAGAUUAAUGUUCUCACUUGGUAUAUAAUAACAUAUUAAGGAAGAGCAAAUUGUUAUUUCCUCAAGAUUCCAUAGCAUUAAUUCUGCUGUCUGCAAGGGUCCGAGAUGUACUAUCACCAUAUUAAUUUUUAUAAUGCAGAGGCAUUUAUACUGAUAAUAUUCAACAACUAGCAUGCUGAAUUCUAGCACAGAGCUGCUCUAAGAAAUUCUAAUUUGUUGAAAAGGCAGAUAGAUGACAUUUUCUGACAGGUGAGAAAUGUAAAUAACUGGAAUGACACGAGCAGAAACCAUUUGAGGGAAUGUUUAAUGUGCAGAAAAAUAAACUGUACCAGAAAGAGUUUCUUGCCUUCCAGUCAGGAGCUUGGGUUAGUACAGUGCUGUGGCCAGUUAUAUAUUGCCAUGUGUUCAUUGCCUUUUUGGCCAAAAUAUUUUAGCUCCUGUCUUUCAUAUGCUUUGAAAUAGGCUGUUUCAAGAGUAUAGCUGAAAAUGUGAAACUUAAACAAGCUGCUCUAGGCUGCUGGUGAGAGUACAGAGUCACAAGACCCAAGCUCUUCUACCUAAUUGGAAGACAAUUCUCAGAUGUGUUGCUGCUUGUCCCUGUCUUUUGUCACCUUUUCCCUAUCUUCUUGAACAUCACAAAUGGAAAGGGACCACAAAAGUGGUCCAACAUGUGGUAGGAAAGGGAACCUAGAUGAGAUAAUCUAGUGUCCUAUCCAGUCAUAAUGGUUUUUUUUCCCCAUUGAUUCCAUUUCCAGGGUGGUAGGCUAGCAACAGGCUCUUUAAGACAGUCACUGGAGCAAGGCAACAAACUCCUGAAUCAGCAGAAAACAGUGAAUUUAGAUGACCCAUGUCAGAUGGAAGCAGGUUUCAUCUGGAGCAUUCCCAGCCUAACAGCUCUCCUUCAUUUCUUCAUGGCUUUGGUUAGCAACGGAGCAACUAGCCAAGUCUGUAUUAUUUUUCUAAACCCAUGUGGAAGUAUGGAAGAUAAACUUGGCUGAAUAAAGACAAGGUAGCCAUUCCCUGUGUGCUAAUGUUUAUUCUGUAAAGUGCACAUUCUCGUGCUUACAGUGCAUCACAGGAGUCUGACCCUGCCACAGUUAAUAAAUCACUCACAAACUGAACAAAUAGCUUUGCACUGCUUUGUCUUGAAAAACUGCUUUGGGUAAAUGUUUAAAAGUAGAUCUAUGGUUUGCCGUCAUAAAACACUGGACACAGUAUCAGCAGCUAGCUGCAAGUUAUUUCUGUUGUAAAAUUAACUCUGUCUGCAGAGUUUUCUUGUGUGUAGUGCACUAAUGAGACCUUUAUCCCUGAAGCAUAAACUACUUCAACAGGGCAAGGUGACAAAGAGAAAUUGCCUUUGCUGCACACUCUGAAAUGCAGCAUAAAGUCCCUUUCAUUACAUGGUGCCUGGUAACAAUAAGGUAAGAUCUCUGUAGACACCUGAUGUUUCCUUUUUUCCAAAUCUGUACCCAUUACUCCAAGGAAGGAAAACUUCUGAUAGUUCUGGGCUUUUCUCCAUAUCUUUCUCUACUUUAGAAGCGUUCCCUCUCACUGACAAAUUUACUACCUUUCACUGUCACCUUUAAACCCCUUCCCAGAAGUACUUCCUACUCUGACCAAGGUGAAGCUUUUCACCCCUCUAAAAUGUAACCAUUGUAGUGGAAGGGUUAUGUGCCACUCCAUUCCUGUCAUCUUUUAUAUUUGCAGUAGUUUUUUAUCUGUUCAUAGUACUCAGUGACUGAAAGUGCAAGUUUGGUUUCUGCCAUCUGAAGCAUUAUUUUAUAACUUGUUUGUAUUUGUUCCAAAAUCACAGCAUUGCCUGGCAAUGACAGUCUGAAAAUUAGGCAGCUGCACUUCAUUCCAUUCAGCAUGGUUACUUUCUAUUGCUUCAUUCAAAUUUUCCCAAGAGAUAUCAAUAAUAAAAUUAAUACCUAACAAAAGCCAGCAUCUAUUUUUCUUAGGGCCACAAGAUGCCAGAUUGAGCUCUCAGCCCUCAUCCCUUUCCUUUGUGCUUUUGUAGAAGCCAUACAAGGCUGCUGGUAAUCUCCAAAGUAGGACACUAAAAAAUUGUAUUAUAAAAGCCUCUAGUGAUUUUAGUUUCUUGGAGUGUUAAAAGUCCAGCUCAACAGGGCCAACAAGUCAGCACUCCUACAGUUUUCAGUUAUGAACACAUCCAAGAAAGCUCUCAACAAUGGUUAUUAAGUAAUUUUAUUUUCAUUGGAUCAGCAUCUCGGAGGGGGCAAAGUGCUUCUGUAUGUGGAACACCUGAGACACUACACUCACCCUAUUGUAACUCCUGCAUUGUAUCUGAUCUUUUGAAGCUCCAACUGCUUAAGAGAAGGGACCAGAGUCACUUGAAUAAAGAAGACUAAGGCAUCACUUGGUUGUUAUUAACUCUGAAACACAGAGAACUGGCUUUCUACAGAUCUGCUUUGCAUGGUCAGUCUCAGUCAUACAUGAGCAAUGGGGAACUUUUCCUUCUGCUCUUCAGUGGAUAAAGACCCAUCCGUGGGCUGGCUGAGCAAGUAUCACAUAAAUUAUCUUCAGUCCUAAUGAGCUGACUCGUACAUCGAGCAGCCUGAGCCCAGGGAGUUCCUCUGACACAACAGCAUGAUUUGGCACAAUAUUCCUGAAAGGCUUCAGCUCCCCAACAUUCCCCGUUUGACUAGUGCUAAUUAAGAGAAGCCUGACGGAAAUUACCUGUACUGACUUAAUGCUAUGUGUGGAUGCCAAUCCUAAGAGUGCUUAAUUUCAUGGAGAUUAAAUAGAUUUCCCCCCACCAUGAAGUGCUUGGGCUGGGCUCAGUCUGAUGCUUCUUACUGACAUAUAUAAAUAGAGAUUUAGAGAUUAAUAGAUAUUUUUAUGGAGAUGUUUUAUAAGUGGCCUUUACUUUGUGCAUGGUAACUAUUGCCAAACUUGUUAUUUAGGAGCUACAGAAAUGGCUGGUUCUGCAGUUUAGAAAGCAAUCAGCUGUCUCUGUUGCAAGGGACACUUGGGGUACGGGCUUGGACUUUGGUUUUUAUUAUUCAACUAUAAUUUGCAUGGUUUGGAUUUGGGUUUUGUCUCAGUGUUGGGUUUUUUUCUUUCCUCACUGGUUCUCUGGCAGGGACAUAUUGGGCUCAAGCAGAAACUUAUUUCUCAGUCUUUGAGAGAUGGUUUGAAGCCAUCACUGCCAUAUAACACUUCAGCCUGCCUUGCACAGCCUGUGAUGUUGCACAGUGUGAGGUCCUCAAAACACAGUUUCUUUAGCCUUUAGCAUAGCUAUUGGGGUUUCACAGCAUAGUGAGGUGCUCCUAUUCUGCUGGCUUUGCUUGACAAAAUAGCAAAGUAGCAACAGCUAGGUGCUGUUUUGAGUAUAGCCUUGUGAGCAGAAAAAGGGGUCAUUACAGACUAGGACAUGAAUGAUGGUUCAGAAUUAGAUUCAUAUACAUAGCAGUAGCAAAAGGUUGUGAAAAUUGCUACAGAGGCAGGUAAUUUUACUUCCUUUUUUCUUUUACUCCCUUUUUGUUUUGUUUUGUUUUUUUAAGUACUGUUUGUAUGCCACAUCUGAGUAAUUCAUCUCUACCAGCCAGCCAGUUCUCAAUAACCUGGGCUGUUGGUUAGGGAUGAAAAUGCAGCUGUCCUUUCUUACUGAUCUAGUUCCUGCUGCUGUGGAGCAGUCUGUUCCCAGAAAAAGACCAGGGUCAUUAGCUAUUAGGAAAGCAAAAGCAGCUCUCACCUCUUCCCUCCAAACCAGGUGGAAAGCCAAUCCCAGGGUUAUGUGCCUACAAAGCUGGCUCACUUUCCUGUCAGGUGAACCAAGAUCUUCUCUGUUUGCAGUUACUCUAGUCCACAGGUUUCUUUCUUGAGCACAAUUUUCCCAUGGGAUGCAUAACCAGAAGAUGAUGGUUACCCUAAUUAAACAAAAACGUGUAUAUUAAAAAACAUCCUAAUCUGAAAAUAUAGUGUAUCUGAGAUUCCUCUGUUAUAGACACUUAGUCUACAAGAUUUAUGGCUACAUUUGCUAUGUUAUGCUUGACUAAACAUAUAAUUCAUUGAAAUACACAAGACUGAUAAAAGUAAUAUAAUCUCUUUAAGGAGAAUAAACUGUUUGUAAAUUUAUAAAGAGUAUAAUCUGUUAGGCCUUAUUUGAAGUAUGUACUGUGGUUUGGUAAAAGUACAACAUUAAAAGAGCCUUGCCAG